AUGUCGUUGAGCUCUAAACCAGCUCACUACAAACUAGUCUUUUUCGUGCCCCCCUCGAAUCUCGCAGCGUGCAAGACUGCCAUCUUCGGUGCUGGUGCCGGCAGGUAUCCGGGAGGUAAAUAUACCGAAUGUUGCUGGACGGCCACAGGGACUGGGCAGUUCCGCCCUGGAGAUACGGCCAACCCGCAUAUUGGGACAGUGGGUGAGCUAGAGCACACCGAGGAGGUUCGAGUCGAGACUUUGUGCCUUGACAUGGAGAUUGCUAAAAGGUCUGUUGCGGCGUUGAAGAGUGCACAUCCGUAUGAACAGCCUUCAUAUGCGGUGUAUAAGCUGGAGGAUUUCUAG